AUGCCGGAACACACUCCAGCACCGACACCGCAUAGAGCGAUAUAUGGUUAUGCUUUUUAUCUGUUAGUUAUAGCUCUUUUUGUAUUUUAUUUUUUAUGGGCACUUCUGCCAACUAAAGAAUGGGGUUUAACCUAUCUUCCCGAUAAAUAUUUUGCUGUACUUCUUCCUAUGUUGGUUCUGGUUGGAUUAUCCUUUUUUGCAUUUUUCAUAUAUCCUGCUAUCAAUAUGUCCCUUACAGCUGGUAUCGAUGAGAUGGCCUCUGUUGUUGAUGUUCAGCUGAUAUUAAAAGGAAAAUCAAAAAUAUUUGUUCAGUCCUGGCAUGAAUUGCAACAAGAAAUGACACCAAAAAGGAAAUCCUGUAAAAAUAGUGACAAUUUCAUUGGAUAUUGUAACUAUUGUUUAGGAAAGCAUAGCAUACCUAAAGUGGAAGAUCAAAUUGACACCCUACGAUUUUUGGAUUUGGCGGAAGUGAAUAAAAAACUAUUUGAAUAAAAAUUUAUUGUUUUAUGACUUUAA